AUGGACCGGAUCGAACAGUCGUCAUCAGUAACGGAUGAUGCAAAACGUGGAAGUGGUGCAUGCAUGCUGCAGAAACUCGAUCACUCAUUAACUCAAAUUAUCGGAUUAACUGCUCCGGCAAAUUGCUCUUCAUUGACGAGUGUCAUGCUCGACCGAACGGAUGGCUUGGAUUGGCGAGGAGUGAUGACGAGAUUCGUAAGAGAUAUUCGGGAAAUAAUGGAGAAGUGGGAGGUAGAGAGAGUCACAGCGAUGGAAGAUCUACCUGCUGCUGCUAAUAGCAGGUAG